AUGGAUCUCAAUAUACGUUAUGUUCCUCACGAAGUCAACGAAUGGACAGUAACGCGUGCCGUUGCAGCUGUUCUUCAUUCAGAAGAUUUUGCACCAAUCAUUGAAGGCAGAUUGAUCAACUUUAGGGUCAAACUGAAUGAGAACGUUGCAAGCGGUAUCAGGAAUGAUGGGACUGGCGUUUUAACGCUUCCUACUGAAGAAAUUGGGUCCAAAUUUCUCAGAUAUGUCUACGACGAUCCCAUCAAGAUUGGCAAACAGAAGCUGAAAUUCUUCAAGUCACCCAAACCUCCUCCAGAACACCUUUCAGUAACUUUGAGAAAAACCCCUUACGUUAAUCCCGACAUAGAAGAAGAACGCCAGGCAAAAGUAUGGGCUCUUGACACCAAAUUACGCGUCGACAAAAUCCAAUUUGGUAUUUUUUAUCAAUCCGUCUAUCCAGCGGGACAGAAAGUCAAACCUGGACCUCGUUCCUUUUCUGUUGAAUGGGAACGAGACUAUACCAGGAACAGUUACGCCUGUCUACAUUUUGAAUACGACCACAAAUUAAUUCGUAUCACGCUAGGAAAUCAACUGACAGAACAGUUUGGAUGCAGUAUUGCGGUUCACUUCUCUAGCAUUCAAAAAGUUGGAGUUGGCUAUGACGGAAACCCAUAUAUUUGUUUUGAUACCCUCACACCUCCAGUUCUAGAAAGCGUUCAAUUUCAUCGUACGAUGACAGGAGAAUAUCAAAGAGAUAACCAAAAGUAUAAGCAACGGAUCGGAGCGAUCGAUGAUGCUCAUAUCAACGUUGCCCCAUACGCACCUCAGCUCCGAAUUGUCCUCUAUAACCACCCAGACAAAGACCUUGUCAAAGAAUUUACCAAUAUGUGCGAAAUAGCCGGCCUAUCUAAAAGCGUGGUUUUAAGGCUUGUUGGUCCCAACCAACAAAUUGAAGCCAACAAAAAGAAUUUUUUCUCUAUUAAACGUAUGCUAAAACUUCACAAAACUCUGGGAAAUUUUGAAUGGCCAGUCGCUUUCCAACUGGAAGCAUUAUUAUACAACAACCUCAUGCAUACCGAUGAUCUUGACUCUCUAAUACUUCAAAUUCCAUCGUUGAUCGCAACCCAUGGUGCCCCUUUCGUUGGCGACCUCUUACGCCGUUAUCAUGAUGAAAUGAAGGAUCGACCUCGCACAGAAAGCCCCAGUGAUUGUUUUAAGAGGACUAUGACUCGAACCAAAAUUAAUUUCAACGUACCCCGGGAUUCUUUCCGUUGCCACCACGUAACAUUCACACCUACUCGCAUGAUUUUAGAAGGCCCGUACCCGUCACAGUCUAACCGCGUUAUUCGUCAAUACCAAGGCUUCGAAGACCAUUUCCUCCGUGUUGAUUUCAGGGAUGAAGACCGUUUACAAUACCGUUGGGCUCGUGAAGUCAAUGGGGCCUCUUUUCUUAUAUCACGGGUCGGCGGGAUUCUCAAGCAAGGAUUCGAACUUGCUGGACGAAGGUUUGAGUUUUUGGCGUAUUCAAGCUCGGCUCUACGCGAGCAUGCUGUUUGGUUCAUGAAUCCAUUCUAUCAUCCCCAGAGAGGCAUGGUCGAUGCUCAUUUUAUAAGAGAGUCUCUAGGUAAUUUUGCCGGAACGGAAUUGUUCAAACAGCCUUCCAAGUAUGCUGCACGCCUUGCCCAGGCAUUUACAGCGACGGAUCCAUCGGUAGAUAUCCUGAGACAUGAAUGGGAUGAAAUGCCAGACAUCGGCGAAAAGCCGUACCUCUUCACUGACGGCGUGGGCACUAUUUCAAGAGCGCUUGGCGACAGGAUCUGGUCAAAAUUGCGAGAGAACAAGCACAGCACUGGGAGCACCCUCAAACCUUCCGCAUACCAAAUCAGGUUCUUGGGAUACAAAGGUGUUGUGGCGAUCGACGAAGAAUUAGACAAAAAUGAGAGCAGUAUUCACAUGCGCUUACGACCUUCGAUGCGGAAAUUUGAGGUCACAGAUAACCAAGUUGCUCCCCUUGAGAUCGCGCAAGCGUUUGAGCUCCCCAAUACUUGUUAUCUAAAUCGCCCGCUUGUUAUGGUGCUUGAAGAUCUCGGGGUACGAAAGGAGGCGCUUCAAGACCUCCAAGAUGAUGCGGUCAGGGAAGCCAGGACAAUUGAUGAUUCUAUUGGUCAUUUCCGCGAUGUGCUCAAGGCACAUCAUCUUGGAUCAGCGUUUAGGCUGCGAGAAAUUCUAACACGCCUUAAAGACAAGUACAAUAUGGACCUUCGCUCUGACGGUAAAACUAUUGCGAUGGAUGAUCCUUUCUUACGGCAGCUUCGCCAAGUUGCGAUGAAUGAUAUCCUUCGCGAUAUCAAACACAGUGCUAGAAUUCCUGUGCCUCAAAGCUAUCUCUUAGUAGGUGUAGCAGAUGAAGGUCCAGCGUAUGAGGCAGAAGGACGUGAAAACGUUUAUUGCCUGGCCGAGGGCGAGAUAUAUGCCUGUAUCCAGACGCGCACUGAAGAGCCAAUCUGGUUGACAGGAAAUGUUAGUAUUUCCAGAAGUCCAGUGGCACAUCCAGGAGACAUACGACGCGUCAGGGCUAUUGGUAAACCACCCCCCAACUGUUUCUUUGGCCACUUAAAAAAUGUGGUCGUCAUGCCUUCUAAAGGUAGUCGUUCAUUGGCAUCAUGUCUUGCUGGUGGAGAUGUUGAUGGUGACCUCUAUUCCAUUAUCUGUUAUGAUCCUGUGUUACCCAGAACUUUGGAGGAGCCUGCUUCUUAUGAAGCACUGAAGCCAUACACGCUACCUGAAAAUCGUGAUGUCCAUGUGUCCGACAUAUGUGAUUUUAUAGUAGAAUACAUCAAUUCUGAUCUUCUGGGCCUUCUGUCUGAUAGACUUCUUGUAAUAGCUGAUCAAUCCAUUGACGGUAUCCGUGACCCCAAUUGUAUAUAUCUAGCAGAACUAUGCUCUCACGCAGUGGAUUAUCCAAAAUCAGGAUCUCCACCAGACUUGGAUACCAAUGAGCUCCCGAGGACACUCAUCAGGUGCAAACCUGAUUGGCAUGCGGCUGAAGUGGUGUCUCCUAGGCCUACGGAUUAUUACGAGUCAAGCAGAGCACUGGGUUACAUGUACCGUUCAAUCACACUCGACGAACUUCAACCUAUUGUUCCCACUGGCCCUCCAAUGAAAGCCUUUACGGAUCCUAUAUCACUGGCUCUUUUGGACAGUGUCAGACACUACCUUGGAGAUUCGGCAUUUAUCAGCGAUAAUCCGCCAUCCGAGAUUGUGAAACUUUUCGGACGUUAUGCAGAUGAACUGAAAUACAUUUCAGCAACACAUACACUGUCAAACACUCCAGGAGCCCAACUAUUGGAGGCAGAGGUCGUUAUUGGCACCAUUUUGGCCAAAUGCUCUCAGAAACGGUGGAGAAAAGAUAGGAUAUACCGGAUGCGUCUACAUGCAGAACAUCUCGUCAGAGAUGUUCAAAGAAGCCUGUCUGAAGCCGCCAUUAAACGUGAUUCAGACUACACUUACACGGACCUGAUCACAGGUCUCGAACUUUCUUGGUUUGCUUGGGGAUAUAGCCGUCGAUGCCGCUAUAAUGAGCCAGGGUCUAACAGCUUUGGUCUCAUUGCGUUGGGUAUCAUCUUUGAUUGUCUAGACAAGUUAGACGAGUUAGAGGUUAAGGGUAGGCACGGAAGCCUGAGCUAA